AUGGAGGCCCGUUCCUCUUCUCAGGCAACGGGUUGCUGCUAUCCACCAAAGGUUCUCGCUUUCAAGCACAGGAAGUUUGUAAGUGAGAUAACUUAUGAAGACGCUUCCUUUGGAUUCGUCUUCUCUAUCGAUCUCGAGAUAGUUUAUGUCUCUGUUUCACUUGUUUAUGAGAAGGAGCGUUUACUUAAACCCGGUGGAACCGGAGCUAUGCUUGAGGGGUCUGACUCAGUGUCUCCUGUUUCUUCACUUUUGAAGAACUCUAGUGUUGUUCAUGUUGCUUCCUUUGGUGAACAUGUUUUGGUCAUCUUCAGGAGAAACGUUGAAGAUAGUUUCCGUUUGGAUUGCUCAUCAUCCGUACUCAACAACCGUCCAUACAUUGGAUUAUUAGAGCCUCUUCUCGAGGAGAAGCGUUCGGAUAUUCAUUACUUGCCUGAGUUCAUUGAUCUCUCUUCUAAGAAGAGGCUGGUUUAUAUUGAUAUUGGAGCAGCGGAUCAUUUAACAACUAGAUCGAACUGGUUUUUCCCUUCCUAUCCAAUCGAGAAGAAAGCUUUUAAUAGCUACUUUGUGCAUCACAACACAUUGGUCUUGACUUCUUACGUCAAAAGUCCUGGUGUAACCUUCAUCUAUCACCCGGGACUAGCAGCAGCGACAAAAUCUGGUACUGGAGAUCAAGAAAAGCCUUUUGUGGAAGAUGAUAGCUUUGAUUUUCUAGAAUGGUUCAAGGAAACGACAAGCUUUGCUGAUUUUGUGGUUCUGAAGAUGAACACAAGCGGCGCCGAGAUGAAGUCUCUCUCUGAGUUGAUAAAUAGCGGUACGAUCUGCUCAGUUGAUGAACUGUUUUUAAACUGCAAAGGGUACAGAGACUGCACCAGUAUCAUAAGGAGUCUCAGAAACAGUGGCGUCUUUGUUCAUCAGUGGUGGGAAGACUAAAGAGCUAAGCUAUAUGAAGCUUAAAAACUAAAACUAUGUUGUUUGAUAAGUUAUUUUGUUUUACUAUGUUUGAUAAAAUCUUUGUCGGUUCUACCUUAAAUAAGCAGUUGCCACCAUGAACCUUUGUGUAUGUUCUUUUCAAUGAAGUUGCUAUGUUUGUGUGUUUCUACUAGUUUUAGUGCUCUGUUUAUU